AACUCAAGGAUAUCGUGCGAUGUCGUACAUUCAACGUACCAUGUUAUGCGAGGACGUGGACAUUCAGACAUCCAUACUCGUUUUUAGAGACACAGCAACGUUUACUGAAAAAGAUCAAAAAUCAAUAGCAAUCGUCACUUCACUACGAGUCAACUCCUGGCUAGCAGCCUAUAACAAACUGCACUCAGAAAUGAAGAACCACUCGCUCCCAAGCAAACUUAAACUUAGUGGCCUCAAACUUAGUGGACUCACCGAUCACUCGACCAACCCCUUCACCAGUUACAAUAAUUUCUUUUCGUCUAUAAGGUCGUCUUUAUUUAAUAAAAGGACCUGUUACAGUACAAACCCAAAAUCGACAAGUUUUGCGUACCCUGCUCUACCCAAAUGGGACCCAAUGGCAGAUACGCGUCUUCGACAGAGCAGCCCUUCACGAUAUUCCACAGUUUUCAAGAAUAGCGCGCGACAGACCGAAGACAUCCAAAGUUGCGAUGGCUGCACUGGGAUGGAGUAUGAAAAUCCUUUUACCGAAGGGCAGUCGUUUCCAGGAUUGGUUGAGCCAGGGACCAAGAUGGCAAGUUUUUUAAAUAAUGAUUACACGGAUAGCUAUACAAGUAAACUAACUUCUAGCUGCGAUACUAAACCACGGUUAUUCCGGACCUCGGGAAAUUUAAACGUAAAAGGUGACAUGCCAUUUUCAAACAUAAGCAUGAGACAUUUGAACACAUCGCCAUUAUCCAAAGUUGUACCGACACCAGACAUGCCGCUUCGUGUCUCUAUAAGGAACUUCCAAAGAUCGUUGAACAAAUUAUGGCGCAGUGAGUCUCCGAUAGCACGAGUUGUCACCCAGACGCCUUGCAAAAGCAGUGCUAUUAUGACGCAGACACUACCAGAAAAACGGAAUACUUGUGUUGCUUGUACAUCAGUUUCACAUAAUGAUUUGCCAAAAAAGGAAUGUGCUGUUAUUACGGAUUCAAAAGACCCAGUUCUCACUUUGACAGGGAUCAAAGUUUUAUCAAUAUCAUCAUCAGUAUUAACUCCUAAGGAAGUAACGAAAGUGACAGAUGCAACGUGUACCAAUAGCGGGAUAUUUGGAUUUGAAGAAUCAACUUCUUUAGACGAUCUACCUACACCAAUUCAUCUUGAGUCCAGUCCAAAGAAAGUAUCGGCUAAUAUAGGCACAGUGGAAACGCCACGCAAAUCCUUCGGCAUGGCCACUUCGGUGAAGAAGAUAGAAACUGUGAACAGAUCUGUUGGUAUGGCGAUAACAAGAAAAACACCAAUUACCAUAAUAUCCAUCGGUAGCGAUGAAAACCAAAGACCUUCAACUGAUAAAAACGUCAACAAGACAAAUUGUUAUGUCCAGUAUGACUUGGAUGACUUUUCCAAUAAUGGAGCAUUCUCCAAACACCUGUCAACAUCAGUAAAUACAGUCACCAAGCAUUACGCGACCAGAUCAGUUCAACCGGUAUCCUCAACAGAAUUAAGAGUACUAGAAAGUAAGAAUACUUGUUCUCAAUCCGUGCAAUACGUGAAGUACGCUGAUGAGGAAGAUACCAAUUUAAGAUGUGACACCGGAACAAGUAUGAACCUAGUCACAAAUACAAAGGGUUUGUCGGCGGCACAUAAGUCCGUACACGUUCAGUACUCUUCAAUAGAAGAUGAAGUACCAAGUCGUUUGUCAGCUGGAGUUGUGACAGACGCGACCUCCACGCAGUCUGUUGGGGAAAUGACCGCCAAGACCAUGACAGAUAGCAAGAACAAGAAUAAAGUUGAUGCUACAAUACAAUACAGUAACUACAAUAGUAUAUACAGUACUCCUCGCUCCACCAAGAUCGGUCGCAGUCAGCUGAUGUCAGUAUUCGCCUUGUGCAAGUCCGUCCGUGAAAUGAGUACUCAGAUCUCACCCAGUGUUGAACAAGAAACAAGUGUGAAACUCGAAGAAGUUCCAAAGAUGAGCCAAUCAGUGCAGUCGACAAUGACGCAUACAUCUCGCUUCGACGUUGGAGAUCCAGCUGAGACCUUGUCUGCCCCGCUCCGUGACAACAUGGACGUUUAUAUUACAAGCCAGAGAUCCAGCAAAACUGGUUACAAGCAGCCACUGUCGGUGUUCGCGCUCUGCAACUCUAUGAAGGAAAUAGCCACUCAAAUGACGCCUAUUACAGAACAAGAACCAACCGAGACGCUCGACAUAGAUAUACCGAUAAAGAAAUCUGAGAAAAUGCCGCUGCAGCCAGUGAAACCAAACUUGCACUUCGACCCUGAGGAUUCCUCAGGGACUCCAUUGACGCCUAUUGUGGAAAAUGCAGAGAAUGUGGAAACUCUGAAUACAGGAAAUAUCAUGACAUGCGGACACGCACAUUUAGAUUCGGAAAAUCAAAACAGAAAGAAGAAUUUUGAAAUGAAUUACGCUAAAAUUGGCUAUCCGAUGAGCUAUGAUAGCUCCUUGCUGACUCACAACGGCAUCUUGACUAGGAGCCCGUUGUGGCUGCCUAAGGCUUUGUCCAGCUGCACUUACAAGCACAAGAGACGACCUCGCUCGCCGACCUUCAAGCUUGACAGCACACUGGAUGCCCAUCUGAUAUGCCUGUCCCGUCUGAUGGGCAAACCGACCCGAUACUCCUGUAGAUCUGAAUCAAGCAGUCUGAACGCUGCCAAGUGGAUCCGUCGGUGUGGAAUACCACUCGAUAGCCAACUCUCGAAAGAGUACCAAUCGGUCCUGGACGUGGGGAAAGUGACGUCAGAAUCGUUGAAGCAAGACCGCCGGCAGGGCUCCUGUCGAGUGAAGACUCUGAUGUCGCCAGCGUCGAGCCAGAAGUUCCACAAAUCAUACCUAUCUACAUCUGGAAUGCCAGAGCCCCUGAUGACGCUAUCCAGGGAUAGCCUGGCGGACGUGCUACCUGCGCGGGAGUCGACGCUGAAGAUCUCCAUAGCUCUCAGCUCGCACGCCAUCGAAGUGGCUAUGGUUGAUAAAGUUACUUCAGAUAUAUCACCGACAAAAGAACUUAAAGAAUGCGAACUCCAAGCCACGCCAGAUAUUUGCGAUGCAGCAACCGACUCUGUGCCGAUAGUUCUGAAGCAUCACAUGUCAGCCAGCGCAUUGACUUCACGCGUUGUUCUGCUUCCAUGUCACUGCAAAGGACACGAAAACUUUCAUCGUGAUUGCAUGUUCAUAUACGACAAACCGAGAUGCCUGGUACACCACAAAUCAUUGACAGACGUGUCGAUACAACGGCAUGUUUCGAAUCGAGACAUUGGACUUGUCUCACCAGAAAUGGAAACACGCAAAGAACAUGCCGUGGACGAAUACGUCGGGUCUGUGACGUCAGUCGCUACUACGUGCUGCUUCCGCAAAUUGAGCGACAGAUCGUACGACAGAUCGCGUGAAGAGUCAAGGAUUUCUCAACCAAAAGGCGAUGUUUUGGUCGAUGAAGUGUUGUCUCCUAGAGUGUACAAAGCGCUUUACGAAACGUCAAAAUUAGUUGCAAAAGCAUUGCCCAGGCCGUAUUCUGAAGUAAGCCACAUCACACAUACAGGAAUGGCGACAGACAACUAUGAAACCUCCAACCUCUCAACGCAGAUAUUCACACCGGAUAAGUUAUCAGCUGCUAUUCUGACAUCACGCUACAGCUGCCAAGGACUUCUUAAAGAUAUGGAUACAGGUGAUGAGCCGUGUUGCAAGAGGUCGCUGACGUCGGCAGUAACUUCUCCCUGCGAGUUCGAGUCGCGGUUGCAUUGUAGUAUAUCCACACAGCCAGAUUCAAUGAUUACGUUCACAAAGACAUCGCACCACAAAGACGGUGUGACGCAGUACUGCUCCAGCUGUCGAGCCCGGCUUCUUGAGAUGCCGCAUGCAGAGGUCGUUGACACCGCUUGCGGUUCCUUCGAAGAGUGCAUGAAGAACCAUCUGAUGGGCUCCUGCCGGUACUACAGCAGUCUGUUAACUCGACACAUUGGCAGGGUUAAGGAAACUUUGGCGAAGCAACUGAUUCCUGAGAAGAGCAGUUUUGGCAAGUCGAUGUUCAAGUCGGACCUCUCUUGUAUGCAGAUGUGCCCCGCGACGAAACAGCGGCAGGAGCUCAGUUACCACAUACAGCAAAGCGAGAAGGGUUGCUUCCAAACUCCGGAGCCCGAGUCGACGAACCACUCCAGAAAGCGCGAGAUGGACUCCUUGCCCAGUUGCUACAUCAACAAUGCUCUUAGUACAUUGGAAAUCUGCGGUGAGGACAAGGAAAAUUUGAAGUUGGUAUACUACACGCUAUCAGCCAUUGAAGGCAGGAUACGGCGAUUAAGAAGAAAUAUGCCAUAUUAACAUUCAUACUGUGCCUGUCCACUCCCUAACGCUUCUAAGCCGCUGUGUCGUCAAGGUAUAUGUCCGAAGUCGUCAG